CCAAAAAAGUGCUGUUCCCUUUUAAUUGUAUUUUUUGUGUAUGUUGAUAUUUGAUCUUUCAGGAUGGGCCUGCUUUGGUAGCCACUGGCUUGCGUAACCUGGGUAACACAUGCUUCAUGAAUGCCAUUCUGCAGUCGCUCAGUAACGUCGAGCAAUUCAGCUGUUAUUUUAAAGGGUUACCAGUCGUUUCGUUACGCAGUGGUAAGAGGGCUGGAAAGAGGACAUACCACACUCGCAGCCAAGGGGACACCAGUGUGUAAGGUCCUCGUCUGGUGGAGGAGUCAUUCGUUAGCAGAGCACAUUCAUCUGAGAACAGUGUUGCUGGUUGAAGAGUUAAGGAAGACAUUUUGUUCCCUCUGGCAAGGGGGAGCCUUUAGUCCAGACUCCCUAUUUUACGCCGUAUGGAAAAUCAUGCCAAGUUUCAGGGGCUAUCAGCAGCAGGAUGCCCACGAGUUCAUGCGCUACCUGCUCGACCAUCUCCACAGGGAGCUCCAGCAAAACCACAACGGGGCAACAGAGACAGUGUCACCCCAGGGUGGGCUCAGAACCUCCAGCACUGAUGGCAAAUGCUGCUUAAACGGAACUCCUAGCAUUGUCACAUCUAUUUUUGGUGGGAUCCUUCAAAAUGAAGUCAACUGUUUGAUAUGUGGGACAGAAUCCCGCAAGUUUGACCCUUUUCUUGAUCUGUCUCUGGACAUUCCCAGUCAGUUUAGACAAAAGAGGAGUAAGGAUCAAGAACCUGGGCCGACGUGCACUUUGCGUGAAUGCUUACAAAGCUUUACUGACCUGGAAGAGCUGGAUGAAACAGAGCUGUACUAUUGCCACAAGUGUAAGAAACGACAAAAAUCCACCAAGAAGUUCUGGGUCCAGAAGCUUCCAAAGGUUUUGUGCUUGCACUUGAAAAGGUUCCACUGGACUGCUUUUUUGAGAAAUAAAGUGGACACUUAUGUGGAGUUUCCUCUAAAAGACUUAGACAUGAAGGGCUACUUACUUGAGCAGGAGAGCUUGCUAGCAGGAAGCUCUUUGUAUGACCUGGUGGCCAUUGUAGUGCAUCAUGGAUCUGGGGUGGGAUCGGGCCAUUACACGGCUUACGGCAGCCACGAGGGGCGCUGGUACCAUUUCAACGACAGCACAGUGACUUUGGCCAGUGAAGAAACUGUGAGGAAGGCAAAGGCAUACAUCCUCUUCUAUGUGGAGAGGACUAAGCAGGUGGUAUCAGGAAGGACCGCCACAGCCGCGAUGGGCACAAGUCCUGCAGAGGUGGCUAUGAACCUAUUGGAUGUUGACAAUGCUUUAGACUCGUCUGCAUCAGAUAGCUCGCCCUUAAAAAACAUGACAGGGGGAUCAAAAGCUGAGAAAACAGAAUCAACAUGAGGCUGAUGUUCCAACAAUUACGCAGUUAAUCAGACUGGUUUGGUCUUCACCUUAAUGCCACUUUUUAGGACUCAUAUGACAACAGUUGUUAUUGGAAUCAGUUGAAGUAAAAUGUGAAGGUGAGAAUAUCCCUGAUGUGAGACCUUAAGCAUGUUUUUAUCUCCACGCUUCCAAAAGCUCAAUCAGGCUGUGAAUUGUUUUAAUAGAAAAUUAAACAUUUUGUAUGUACUUUGACUAUGACUUCAUGAAAAAAUGCAUUUUUUGAUCAAAAUAUUUUGUUUUAUUUGUUGGAGAAGUUGAAACGUCUCAGCACGAAGAUUGUCAGCUUUUAUCAUCAUAGUCUACAAAAUAAAACUGUUUGGAACUAAGUUUAACAAUUAUAAGACCACACUUCAUCUUAAACUUGACAGGCAUCUGUAUUUUGUUUUGCUAAUAUAUGAUUUGGCAACUUGUCUAGUUGUUGGAAACAAUUUGCGCCGUCUGAAAUUAAAGACUAGACUUAGACUUGCUUUUUAUUGUCAUUCAAAUUUGAACUUUACAGUACAAAUAAGAACGAAAUUUCGUUGCAUUAGCUCAUGGUAGUGCAGGAUAAAAAAUGCAAUGAGGUGCAGAUAUAAAUAAAUAGAUUACUGUACAGAUAAAUAUGUUGCACUUUUGCAUAUGCAUCCAUGUUUAUGGAUGUAUGUUAUAUUGUCUUUUUAUUCCAGCGAGUUAAUCCAUUUUGGGGUGAAUUAAGGGGAUAGUUAUGAUGCGUUCAAAAGUCUUACGGCCUGAGGGAAGAAGCUGUUACAGAACCUGGAGGUUCUGCUUCGGACGCUGCAGAACCUCUUCCUAGAGUCCAGCAGUGAAAAUAAUCCUUGGUGGGUGUGGGAGGAGUCUCUUCAGAUUUUCUGAGCCCUGGUCAGGCAGCGGCUUUUUGCAAUCUCCUGGAUAGGAGGAAGGGGAGUCCUGAUAAUCUUUUCCGCCGUCCUCACCACUCUCUGGAGAGACUUCCAGUCUGAGGCAUUGCAGGCUCCAGUCCAGACAGAGAUGCUGUUGGUCAGUAGGCUCUCUAUUGUGCCUCUGUAGAAUGUGGUGAGAAUGGGCGGAGGGAGCUGUGCUCUUUAAAUCUGAUGCAAAAAGUGCAUGCGCUGCUGAGCUCUUUUUACAAGAGCUCAGCGUGUGUAGGGACCAGGUUAUGUUGUCAGUGAUCUGCACCCCCAGGAACUCGGUGCUGCUUACCACCUCCACCGCUGUGCCGUUGAUGAAGAGUGGAGCGUGGCUGCACUGGUGCUUCCUGAAGUCAACGAUGAUCUCCUUGGUCUUGUCGACGUUCAGGACCAGGUUGUUGGUUCUGCACCUAUCAACCAGAUGUAUCUCCUCCUCCCUGUAGUCCAUGUCGUUGUUGUCACGGAUGAGGCCCAUUACUGUUGUGUCGUCCGCAUACUUCACAAUGUGGUUAGUAGUGGAGCUGACGCAGCAGUCACAGGUCAUCAAUGUGAACAGCAGCGGCAAACUUCAAACUUUGCCAACGUGCACUCUCACAAGCUACAUUUACUGCAAGCAUAUACUAUCCAUCCAUUUCCUACCGCUUGUACUUUUCAGGGUUGUGCUAUCCCAGCUGCAUUCAGGCGGAAGUCGGAGUAAACCCUGGACUUGUCACCUCAUUGCAGGGCCAGCACAGAUAGAUAGACAACAUUCACUCUCACACUAAUGAUCUACAAUUUGUCCAGUCUGUAAAGUUGUAAUUUAGAUUAUUUUGUUCUGUAAAGUUAUUUUAUUAAAAUGGCCACACUCUCUGUCAGCUACUUGGACAAAUAGCAAGCAGAUUGUAAGCAACAUGUAAGGUGACGAUAAGCCUUUGUCUCUGCCACACACACACACACACACACACACACACGGAAUGAGUCAGCCAUCGCUUUUUUUCCUUAAAAAAAGAACGUGCGAACUCGUAAGCAGCUGCUGGUGGACUCAAUUUUAAAUGGCUAUGUUAUUCUCCUCUGACGUUUUAUAUCCACACCACUUUUAAUGAGCUCAUAUUGCCACAUGAUGUUUGCUCACCCACAAAACUAGUUAAGGACAUGGUGGCACGGUGACUCAUUGUACAGAAUGUACUAUAGUCCCAGUCCUGGCAUUUCCCAAUAUCCUCAGUUUUGUGUUCUCAGAUAGCAAAUAGAACAGGACAUGACUGGCAAUGGAGUUGGGGGUUAUGACUCUGCUCUAAUGGUAUGUCCUUUGCACUACAAUUGAGCAAUUUCUAACGCACACCAAGUGGCCGAUUCACCUUUGAAGAAGUGUUGAGUAACAGCAUGUGACUUUCACUCACACUGAGGACUUCUUCUUUUGGAAACCUUAAAGCCACUGUAAGAAUUGCAUUGUGUAUGUUGGAUAAUGAAGUAGGUCAGGCUGUACUGUACUUCUGCAGUCCCGCUUGAGCAAAUACUGUACCAGCCUCACAGCAUCAAUCGAAACUCAACGAUGUGGUCAAAACCGCUAGAUCAAGGGUCCCCAAACUAUGGCCUGCAAGCCGGAUCCAGUCCAGCAGUGUCUGCAACACAUCCCAAGUUAAAAAAAAUAUAUAUAUUUUAUUUUUAUUCUUUAUUUUUACAGUCUGUCCUUUUGUUGAUGUAGAUGCCCAUCCCAAGGAUUGGAGUAGGUUUUUGCUUAGGUUGUUCUCCCCUUUCCACACUAUAGCUACAAACGUUUUUAAACAGUUUAUUUUUAUGCCCCACCACAAUGUAUUUGACAUAAAACAAUAGUGUGUAGAAUUUCAGCCUUCUAAAAUGGCACUUUCUUUUUUAAUAUAUACUUUUUCAAAUUUUCUUGUAAUCAAAGCAUAUUUUCGGCAUAUUAGAUGGAAUUUUUACCUGGCAUGUUUCGACUGUCAUCUGCAGUCUUCUUCAGAAAGGUCACCUGACCACAGUGUAGUACCCGCACUCCUUUACUAUGAAGCCAUACUGUUGUAACACACGGCUUGGCAUUGUCUUGCUGAAAUAAGCAGGGGCAUCCAUGAUAACGCUGCUUGGAUGACAACAUAUGUUGCUCCAAAACCUGUAUGUACCUUUCAGCUUUAAUGGUGCCUCCACAGAUGUGUGAGUUACACCCUAUACCAUCAAAGAUGCUGGCUUUGGAAGUUUGCGCCAAAAACAAUCCAGAUGGUUCUUGUCCUCUUGUUCCGGAGGACACACCGUCCACAGUGUCUAAAAACAAUUUGAAUUGUGGACUCCUCAGACUACAGAACACUUUUCCAGUUUGCAUCAGUCCAUAUUAGAUGAGCUCAGGCCCAACAAAGUGUUUCUGGGUGUUGUUGAUAAAUGGCUUUCGCUUUGCAUAGUAGAGUUUUAACCUGCACUUACAGAUGUAGCGACAAACUAUAGUUACUGACAGUGGUUUUCUGAAAUGUUCCUGAGCCCAUGUGGUGAUAUCUUUUCCACACUGAUAUCGCUUUUUGAUGCAGUACUGCCUGAGGGAUAGAAGGACUGUAAUAACAUUGUUUAUGUGCAGUGAUUUCUCCAUCUUCUCUGAACCUCCACGGGCCGUAGAUGGUGAAAUCUACGGUGAAAAUCCCUAAAUUCCUUGCAAUAGCUCGUUGAGAAAUGUUGUUCUUAAACUGUUGGACAAUUUGCUCACGCAUUUGUUGACAAAGUGGUGACCCUUGCCCCAACCUUGUUUGUGAAUGAUUGAGCAUAUCACGGAAGCUGUUUUUAUACCCAAUCAUGGCACCCACCUGUUCACCUGUGGGAUGUUCCAAAUAAGCGUUUGAUGAGCAUUCCUAUACUUUCUCAGUCUUUGUUGCCACUUCUCCCAGCUUUUUUGAAACACGUUGCAGGCAUCGAAUUCCAAAUGAGCUAAUAUGUGCAAAAAAUAAAGUUUACCAGUUUGACCAUUAA